AUGUACGCCGUUGCGCCCGCUAAGUCCACCGCCACCGCGGAAGAAGUCGGCUCCGCCGGUGCCGAGCUUGUCGCCGCGAGGGAGACGAGCGCCGUCGGCGACCGGCUCGCGGCCGUCUGCGACAUGAUCGAGGAGCUUCGCGACGCGGGGACACCCAUCAUCGCCAGGCGCGCUGCCGCCAUCUCCGCCAUGAUCGACGACGUCGCCGCGACGGCCGCCGAGGGGAGGCCGAGGACCGGUCGGCGGAAGCGGCUCAUGGGCAGCGCCUGCCGGUACGAGGAGGUCUGCCGGCUCGGCGAGGGCGGCUUCGGCGUCGUCGCAAAGGCGCGCCACCGCGCCACGGGCCAGGUCGUCGCCGUGAAGUCUCUAAUAAAGAGCAGCGACGACGACGACCAAGACGACGGCGUCUGCGACCUCCUGCGGGAGGCCUGCUUCAUGGCGGCCUGCCAGGGCGAGCCCUCGCACGUCGGCCUCCACGGCGUGGCGCGCGCGCCGGGCACGAGGGACUACUCCCUCGUCAUGGACUUCGUCGGGCCGACGACCCUCUGCGACGUCAUGGGGCGGGACGGGCCGUUCCCGGAGGCCAACGUGCGCCGCAUGAUGCGGCAGCUGCUCGCCGGCGCCGAAGCGAUGCACAGGCACGGGAUCGUGCACCGGGACAUCAAGCCCCUGAACAUCCUCGUCGGUGACGGCGGCGCCCUGAAGAUCUGCAAUUUCGGGGGAGCCAAGUACGUGGGCGAGCAGGACCCACCGUACCAGGUGAUCGGGACGAUAGCUUACAUGGCGCCGGAGGCGUUGCUGGAGAACCCGGACCACGACACGCUCGUGGACUCGUGGUCACUCGGCUGCGUCAUGGCGGACCUCAUCGCCGAUGACUUGCUGUUCCCAGGGGUAGAGGACGACGACAUGAAGGGCCAGCUCUGCCGGAUCUUCGAAGUGCUCGGCCUGCCGGGCAAGAGGGCGUGGCAGUCACUGAAGCCCAGCCCGGAGCUGGCCGACGAGGUGCAGCGGUGGAGGGCGCGGCAGCGACGGGUGGGGCACCGCAACAGGCUCCGCGGCCUGUUCCCGGAGGAGCUUCUUUCCAAGGGCGGAUUCGAGGUGCUCCAAGGGCUCCUGACCUGUGAUCCCAAGAAGCGACUGACUGCGGCGGCCGCACUCCGGUGCCGGUGGUUCACCGACAACGUUGACGAUGAUCCUGUCUUCAUCCCUGCUGCUGCUCCCGCUGUUUCGAAGGCCGGCGCUGCCAUGGCCACGACGGUGUGGUCGCAUGUCGUGGCAUGUGUCGGACGGGCGCUAGGAUUGCUUAGGCCGAAGGCUCUGUUGAACUUGAUCAUGUAA